UCCCUCUUCCAGUUGGAAUUACGUGGCCCAUUACACUUCCGCCAACAACAGCGGGUGAAUGAAGAGUGGAUGGAGAACUUCAUCCUGUAUGAGGAGCUAGGGGCAGGAAGUAGCUCUGUUGUCUACAAAGGAAGAAGAAAGGGCAACCUGAACUAUGUCGCUAUCAUCUGUGCCGACAAAUCCAAGAGACCUGGGAUCACUAACCAUGUACGUCUCAGCCAAGAUCUGGAUCAUCCGAACAUAGUUAGCUUCUAUGAGUGGUAUGAGACAAGCAACCACCUCUGGUUGGUGGUGGAGCUCUGCACAGGUGGUUCCCUGGAGUCUAUUAUUGGUAGUGAUGGAUGUCUGUCAGAAGAUGUGGUGAGGAGGUUUGGAUGGGACUUGGUCAAUGGACUGAAACACAUCCAUGAAUUAGGAAUAAUUUACUCGAACUUGACCCCUGCUAAGAUCCUGCUGGAUGGUAGUGGCACUCUGAAGUUUGGUAACUUCUGUCUGUCCAAGGCAAAUGGAGAAACACUUGAGGAUUUCUUUACCUCAGUCUCUACAUCUGAGGAGGCCAGGGAAGGAGAUAGCAAGGAUGUCUCUGACGACAUGAGGGAAACAUUACAUGGUCUUCCAACUUACACAGCUCCAGAGGUUUUGCAGGGAUCAGAAACAAAUAUGAGCUCUGAUUUCUGGGCUCUCGGUUGUACACUCUACUACAUGUAUACUGGUAAACCUCCAUUCUAUUCGGAGAGCUACACGAAAAUGACAGAGAUGAUUUUAUGUCAGGAACCACCACCUCUCAGACAGACAGUGAUUUCAGCCAGUCCUCCCAGUGAGGACUUCCAGAGUCUUCUGAAAGGCCUGCUCAACAAAAACUCUGAUGAGAGGAUGGACUGGCCAGAGUUGCUUGACCACCCUUUCUGGGCACAAGUACUAAUGGAGGAAGAGGGUGGAGAGGGAGAAGAGGAAGAUGAGGAGGAAGAAUUGGAUCAGGAGGAAACAAUUAGCUGUGAGGGGGUUGUUUCAACUAGCGUGAGACACACAGGGACUUGUGCCCCUUUCCCUCCAGAACCUGCGGACAAGCUUCCAGACAGCCAUUCUGAUUCAGUCAUCACCCAGCAAGCCCAUAGGAUCUCUAAGAAACUGAACUCUUUACAGAUAACAACUGCAACAGCCUGCAGACCAUCCGACAGAAGAACUGAUUUCCAACAAGCUGUCAGACACACAACCUGUGGAGCCUCAAGGAACAGCAAGGGCUCGGAGAGAGGAAGAGAGGAGAAGGCAAAGACAGAAGAUGACCCUGAGCUAACUGGGGCACAGCAGAUGUGCCUCACACUGCAGCCUGAUAAAUCCUUCAUACUAGAUAAGGUGUCAGAGCUCACGCCAAAGAGUGGUUUGGAUGUGGACCACACUGGAGCCAUUUUUCUGCUCAGCUCCUGUGCCACCUCAAGGAGAAGCUGCAGUAUCUCAGACCCUCCCAAUCAGACCGCUGCACUUCAGGCUAGUACUGGUACUGAGAUCACAUCUGGUGUGAAAGCUCUUCUUCACACUGACUCUGAUCUGACUGUCACCCAACUCCUGGACAACCCUAAGAUUCUUAAAAGUCCUCCUGUGCGAUUUGAUCCCAAAAGCCUUUGUGUACCAGCAUAUUCAGUUGAGAAGCUGCAGUCCCUGAGUGAUGAAGAGUGGACUGUCCUCCUUUUACAGUUUUGUUCAUCGCUUGAAGAACAGCACCCCUCCACUGCUCCAUCUCCUCAUUCCACAGCCACACGCUCCAGACUCAACCUGCUAUGCUACCUCUGCUGUGUAGUUGGACACAAAGCUAUUGCUAACAGACUGAUAAACUCAAAACUGCUUCCAGUAUUGACUCAGCAUUUACGACAAGCUCCCAACUGGGAUGUACGGAGCAAAGUUCUCAGAGUGAUGGGUCUACUGGCUCUGCACUGUACUGAACUAAGAGAGGACAGCCCUGUUUCUGAGGCUGUGUCCACACUGACAGACCUGUUGAGAGAUAACCUGAGGAAUGAUAAAAUAAAGCAGUUCCUGCUGCCGCCACUCGGGGAGAUCCUCUACCUCAUCGCCUCUCAGGAGGAGAAGAGAGGCUCCCCAGAGGGACUGUGGUUCGUUCCCGCUGCCGCCUACACUGGCUUAAUGAGGAGCCUGCGGGAAGGGGCUGAUCCCAUAGUUCAUCACAUGGCUGCAAAAGCCAUAGAGAACAUUGCCAGUGCUGUCUCUGGCUCCUCCCACCAACUGGCUACCACCGAGAUAGGCUCCGCCCUGUGGUACCUGUUCACUCACUCCACCGUGGAGGCCGUCAGAGUCACUGCUAUCUCUGCUCUUUCAAGGCUAACCCGGGUGCUCCCAGCAGUCUUCUUGGCAGUGAUUGACACCUGUGGCCCUGCGGCCAUCUUGGAGGGCGUUGGUGGAGCAGGGGCCAGGGUCCAGCAGCACCUGCUCACUGCUAUGGCCACGGCCCUGCUCACCUCACCCAUCCAAACACACCGCGUCACACAGAGCACGGAUUUGGUGUUGAAGGUGCUACGCUGUCUAGAGAGUCCAUCCACAGUAACAAGAGCCAAAGCAUUACUACUGCUACUGCUACUGAUACAGGACAACACACACACGCUUCUAUUCUGCUGUCAGCACAGGCUUGUAUUGCACCUGGAGAGAGACCUGCGCAAAGCCACUCCCCUCAGAGAGAACCCCAUCCAAUCAGGAUACCUCACUCAGUGUCUGGAUUUACUGAUUGUAUAUCUAGGUAGCACUGCCUCACUGAUACUGGAGGAAGUGUUAUGUGCAUUACGAGGUGUGAUCGGGAGGAGACAUCCAACUACAGCUCAGAGCAAGAAGUUAAAACCCACUUUGCCUUCAAUGUCUGUGGUGCUGGAACUUCUUUCAUCGCAGGUCUUUCGAUGUCGAAUUGUAACUGAAGAGUUUAUAACUCAAACUGGAUUGCUGCUGAACUAUAUCGCCUCCAUAGAGUCCAAUGAAACUAAUCUGGCCAGUUCUUUGGGCGCAGCUGUAUGUGAGGAGUUGAUUAGGACAUCUCUGUCCAUUGUGGAAGUCCUGAGUCAGCACCAUGCUCUGAUCACUCCACAUCAUUCUGCUGUUGUUGUGGAUGCCAUCCUGCCUCCUCUGACAACACUGGCUUUCAGCAGAAAUGUGGAGUGGUCUGUGUUUGUUUUGAGGGUGCUCUCCGAACUCAGUCUUGUCCUGCUGGUCCAGGGGAGGGAUGGAACAGAAGGAGAGGAGGAGACAGAGAAAAAGCAGAAAGGAACAGAGGAAAGAGGAAAUCCUGCUGAAAGAAGGGUUGCUGGAAGCUCCUAUGAUCAAAUAUUUGCUCUGGACACUAAAUCCCUGCUUCCAAGGUACGAGACUCUUCUUCGAGCAGCAGAGCCUAUCCCACUCUACGCACUCAAACUGCUGGUAUCGAUGACUGAACACAGCACGCACAUCUGCAGCUUCAUCAAACACAGUAGGAUCUUACCAGCAGUAUUUCAACUCAUUAUGGCUAACAGUAGUAACAUCACCAGUGCGAUGGUCCAGAGUGCAGUGGCCUUGCUGUGUAAUCUCAGUGGAGACACCGUCUUGGACCUGGAGCCACUAUAUCAACAAGGCCUGAUAGAGGUGGUGGUGAGCACCUUCCCAGAGGCUGCACUAAUACACCUGGACGGAGAAGGGAAUGCUGGGAGGAAGGUCAGCCAUCAUGUGUUACCAGCUCUUCUGGAACUGCUUCACAACAUCCUGAAACAAUUGUCUGCUGUUGUCCGCUCCGCACUGCAGCGCCAGAGGCUAUCUUGUCCAGCAGUGGCGAUGGAGACAGCAGAGAAGCUGCUCCUAGAAAACAGACCCCUGAGCCAACUCAGCACACACCUCAUUCACAUGAUGUCCACUGAAAACCAGGAGGUUUCUGAGGAGGCUCUUCAGUGUCUGUCCAUGCUGGUCCAGCUGUAUGGAGGAGAGGGUUGUGACUGCCUGUCACCUUCCUGUUUGCAAAGCUUUUCACACAUGCUGCGCACACACAUGCACCCCGAGGCCCACCGAAUCCAACGCUCAACACUUAGGAUCAUCAAACGCCUGGUGCAGACUACAGAGCGAUCUGAUUGGUCAGAAUGUCCUGAAGGAGCGGGGCUACUUUGUCUACUGCAGGACAUAACUACGUCCAACAGGUGUCACCUCGAUUUGGCUCCAGUGGCUGCUGAAAUCCUGCAGGUGAUCUCUGGAUCCUGAAAGCAUGUGAUGGUCAAAACGAUCAAGAGCCAUCCAACAUUUCAGCAUCUCAGAACUUUGAAAAUGUACGCAUGAUUGGAAUUCUGCUUUUAGAUGUUUUUCUCUGAAUACAGUUAUUUAAUAAAUAACCAGAUAGAUGAUUGAUCUUUUAAACCGUUAUCAGUUUUUUAAUAAAAUGCGUAGAUUUUCAUCAUAAAAGUUUCUUCGUCAAUCUGAGUUAAUUGUUAUACAUUGGACUGGAGGUAAACAAAACAGUUAUUAUAAUAUUAAAAUAUUUAUAAAUAUU